AUUUAAGGGAAAACUUCUCGCUUCAAUUUUUCUUGGUUUCACUCCUUCAGCUUCAUCACUUAGUUCCUUCGUCAUUCGCGACAAUCUGGGGCGUUUUGAGUGUCUUUUUGAUUUCUUUAAAAUUCAUGGCCGCCCUAAAGAUUCCAGUCGUGCCCGCAAGUGCACUUCAAGACCUACGUCGCCGCAAGGCUGGCUUUCAAGCCCCCUACACGCCAGGGUCCUCGACUAUAAUAUCCAGUACUAGCAGUGCAGAUAUUGUUCCACGACUAUUUCCAGUUGUGGAGAUUCAAAUUCCUGCUGGUAUCCGUACUCCUGCUCAAACUGCUCGUCGUUCUCCGAGGAAUAAGAAGGCUACAAGCUAUGCCCUAGGUAGUAAACGAAGACGUAACUCAGAUGAAGAGGAAGAACAACGAGAAGAAAAAGACACUGAGCAAGACAACGACGAGGAAGUAGCUCCUACACCUCUUGAAUCGAAGGUUUCAGCACGCUCGGCUGUGAGACCUCUAGCAGCCAAGCGCACCAGGGCCGGACCAGAGGGCUUUCCUUCUUCAAAAGACGAGCGGCCUACGGGAAUACCAGACCGUCUCUUGAUUAAUCUUGAUAUCGUGUUUUGUGGAAUCAAUCCUAGCAUGACCUCUGAAGGCAACAAGUUACAUUUUUCUGGUCGAGGAAAUCAAUUUUAUAGUUGUCUUCUCCAUGCUGAGCUAAUAUCUCCUGGUACCACAUUUGAACAUGCCCCCGACCUCCCGCGCCGAUUCUCUCUCGGAUUGACUGACCUCGUUGCUCGUGCGACUGCUUCAGUUAAAGAGGUUUCUGCAUACGAGAAGACACAAGCAGUACCAGGCUUCCUUCGGAAGAUUGUUGAAUGUCGACCUCGAAUCGUUUGCUUUGUUAGCCUUGGUAUCGGGGAAACAGUUUGUAAAGCGCUUCAGUGCCAGUGGGCAAAGCCAAAAGCACCCCGAGAGGCAAAGACAAGGAAUGGAAAGUUGACUUCGUCUUCACAGACAAGUACCUUGAUCGAAUGGAAAUCGCGACCUGCACGCCGAGAGAAAUCAAAAGCAAAAUCACCACCUUCAAACGCAAAAUCGCCACCUUCAAACGCAAAGUCAGAGCCUUCUAAAAACCUAGCUGAUAUCCGGGCAUACAUGUUGCCAUUCAGGCUCACAUAUCCUCAAAUUGAGCCGGUUGCGAGUGGAACUGUUACUGAGACCCUUUUCUUUGCGUUACCGAGUACUUCUGGGGCAAAUGCCUGCAGCUAUAAUCUGGCCGAUAAAAAGCAACUCUUUGCAGAGCUUCAUGCUCAACUUCAGCUCAUUAAACAUGGUUCUCCCGAUGCACUAGACACUAGUAACUUUGAGGUGAUCGAUAUUACCAGAUUUUUGGCAUAGAGAGGGUACUUGAUACCGUUCGAUGAUCAGCCGUUGGCACUCACAUACCUUGAUUAGAUUGUUUUGCUGUGAUUCAUUGCUCACCCCGAAUUUGAGUUUUCUUUGCAUUACAACCGCAAUUUAUUCAUGCCAGCCUUCUGUACAAACAAUGAUUUUUAUUGUUGCGGAUUUAAACUAUUACAGUGAGAGUCAAGACUGUCUUAUGUCGAAAUUUUGUUUCCUGCAAUUAAAAAAAAAACUUGUUGUCGG